AUGUCAACCGCAUCAUCAACAAUAACUGUUACCGCACCAAUUAUGCUAUCAUCACAAUCAUCAUUAUCAUCAUCAUCAUCAUUAUCGCAAUCAUCAUCAUCAUUACCAUCAUAUAUGUUAUCAACAACAAUAGCAACAUCGACAAUAACACCUACAACAGCAACUACAACAACAGUAUCAGCAACAACAACAACGACAACAAAUGUGACAACAAGGACAGAGGCAGCAGCACCAAUUCUAAUUGAACAACUACCGUAUCCAUCCAUGUUUCAUACCACUAACAUUCCAUUACUCUACGAUCAUAUUGCUCUAACAAUAAAUGCAUGGCAAACAUUGGGAAAAAUACGACGUCCAAGGACAGCAUUUACCACUGAGCAACUCAUUGAACUUGAACGAAAUUUCGCUCAAACUCGUUAUUUAUCACGGCCUAGAAGAUAUCAAUUAGCUCAAAAAUUGCAUUUAUCAGAAACACAAAUCAAAAUUUGGUUCCAGAAUCGACGUAUGAAGAAUAAACGUUCCGGUCCUGUUAUUUUAAGUUCAGAUAAAGUCUAA